AUGCCUUUACACCUCCUGGGCAAAAAAUCAUGGAACCCCUACAGCGCCGCCGCCCGUGCUCGCGUCGCCCGCGACGAAGCCGCAGCCCGGGCUCGCGAAGAAGCUGAGGAGCAGCGCAUGCAGGUCGUCGAUGCAGAGCGGCGCAUGGCCAUCCUGCGCGGCGAGGUCCCUCCCCCACUCGACAAUGACGACGCCCCCAAGGCAGAACCCCCCCAUGCGACAUCCCAUCCCAGCGGCAGCGACCGCGAGCCCCACCGUAAACGCAAGCGUCGCGGGGAAGACGACACCGAUUUUGAGAUGCGCUUGGCUCGGGAGCGGGUCGAGGCCUCCGAGGCGGCGGCGUUAUCAGCGGCAGCGGCAGGACCGAUGUCGUUGGUUGAUAGCAGAGGGCAUAUCUCGCUGUUUGCGGAGCCUGCUCAAGCCGAGCGAACGGACGAAAAGAAGAGGUAUGACGCCGAAGACGAGGCAUAUCGCAUGCGCCUAGUGAACGCCGCAGGCAAAGACGGUCGGGGACUGACGGAUGGCGGGCCGUGGUAUGCGACGGCUGAGAAGGAUCUUUCGUCUUCUGUGCCGCCGAGCAGGAUUAGCCAUAAGGAAGAAGGUAUUUGGGGGAAGGAGGAUCCUGCACGCAAGGCAAAAAGGGAGGCAGCGAGUAUGAGCUUAAGCGAUCCCCUGGCUAUGAUGAAGUGGGGGGCGAAGCAAGUUAGGGAACUGGAGAAGGAGAGGAGGAGAGAGGCUGAGGAGAGGAAGAGGGAGUUGGAGGAGUUGAAGAGGGAAGAGAGGAGACGGGAGCGUAGGGAUAGAGAAAGGAAGAGGGGUGGGAGUCGUAGCCGAAGCCCGGAUGGCAAAGAGAGGUCGCAUAAGCGGGAUCGAUCUCGGCAUAGGUAUCAUAGUCAGGACAGAGAAGAGAAGAGGGAUCGCAGUAGGGAUAGGAGAGAGCAUAGGGAUGGGGAUGGAAAACGGCACAGGGACCGGAAUAAAGACUGCUCGAGACGGGAUGAAGACUUGUUCGAGGAACGGCACACAGAUGAUGAUCGGGACAGGAGGCGAUACAGACACAAAGAUCCUAGACAUCGGGAUCAGAGUCGGGACGGUAAGAGACAUGAGAGAUACCAUUCUCGCAGUCGAGAGCGAGACAGACGGCGAACCGACCGAGAUAAUCGUCACAGAGACGAUGAUGGAUCAAAUCACACCGCUGAUAGAUGA